AUGAAUUUUUUGUAUGCCGAUUCGGCAACCCUUGUUUGGAAUGGUAAUUCGAUCACUGGCAAUGAUGCAAUCCUGAAAUUUUACGAUGGUUUACCGAAUUCAACACAUUCACUAUCAUCGUUGGAUUGCCAUCACAUUGAUGAUGGUUCGAACUCGACGCGCCCACUGGUGGUGCUCUGCGUGGGAACCGUUGUUCUCGGUCAAAUGACGCACGCCUUCACGCAGACCUUCAUUCUGAUUCUGGACGACGAAAGAUACAAAAUCAUAAGCGAUCGAUUUCGAUUCAUCGAUUAA